GGCGAGAACCGUUUAGUAUACGCGUCAAAAUGAGGAAAACCUGUCGGGGGCCGAUUUUAGUUCCGUUUUAGAGUGUAGGGAAUAUUCCGUCCUAGACUAGUACUUUGGUACUGUGAGCGGUGUAUUUUUUUGCAUCGGGCACGUUGCUAACCUCGCCUCCUUUCUCAAAACCGCGCCUGGGACCAGCAACGGCGGAGUAGAUGUAUAAUAUAGGAGAAACAUUAAAUACUUUUGGUAGUUCUCUCCGAGAGGAGAUGGCAUUCGAUUAAAAUCCGCCCAAGGAAACUAGCGGUGUUCUCGUUUAUUUGUCUAUCGAGCAGCGUCCACCUCUGCGCCACGCUCGCCCAACCUAGAUUAAAGAAUCGAAUUAUCGAAUCGCGCCGCGCAACCCAAAGCGUCGACAAUUUCCGAGAUUACGCCUAUGGGUGAGGAAACUGGCGCGCACGAGCGACGCGAGGCAGGGCAAAAGUCGCAUACCGUCGCGUUUACCCUUAUGACGUUUCCGCCGCGAAUGCCACGUACUGAAUUAGCGUUAGAACAAUGAGCCUGCCGACCGUAAGGGACUACUGUAUGCUAGAAAAGAUCGGCAGCGGAAGCUACGCGACUGUGUACAAGGCGCUCAAAAAGGACGGGAGCCGAGAGGUAGUCGCUGUCAAAUGUGUGGACAAAGGUACGCUCUCGAAAUCGGCGGUCGACAAUCUCGUGACGGAAAUCAAGUUGCUAAACGUCCUCAAGCACGAGCAUAUCGUGGAGAUGAAAGAUUUUUUCUGGGACGAAGGGCACAUAUACAUCGUCAUGGAGUACUGCGACGGCGGGGACCUGUCGAGCUUCAUAAAGAAAAAGCACAAGCUACCCGAGAGCACGUGUCGCAGAUUUCUACAGCAACUCGCGCUAGCGUUGAAGUAUCUGCGUGAUCACAACGUCUGCCACAUGGAUCUCAAACCACAAAAUCUGCUGCUCGUGAGGAAACCUCAGCUAGUGCUCAAAGUUGGAGAUUUUGGUUUCGCGCAAUACCUCUCCAACUCGGAGCACAAAUUCGCGAUACGCGGUUCGCCUCUUUACAUGGCACCCGAGAUGCUGCUGAAGCACAAGUAUGACGCCCGCGUCGAUCUGUGGAGCGUCGGAGUGAUCAUGUACGAGUGCCUUUUCGGAAAAGCUCCGUAUUCCAGCAGUAGCUUUCAGGAACUGGCGGAAAAGAUCAAGGACAGUCGACCGAUAGAGGUGCCGAAGGCGGCUCAUGUGUCGGCGACGUGUAAGAACUUACUUAUGGCUCUGCUCAAGCACAAUCCUGCCGAUCGUAUAACGUACGAUGAAUUUUUCGCGCACGACUUUCUGGACUUGGAGCACGCCCCCACGAAAGAAAAUUACGAUAAGGCGGCCGCGCUGGUGCACAAAGCCGUCGAGAUGGAUACCGAGAAGAAUGCAAAAGAGGCAUUUUAUCUUUACUGCGAAGCGCUGCGAUAUUUCAUUCCGAUUUUGACAAAUGAGAGUGAUCUGAAACGAAAAGAGGUAUUGCGCCAUCGCGUGAAUGAUUACAUAAGGAGAGCAGAAACGCUUAAGGUGGCGUUUGUAGAUGAAAGUAUCGAAAAGAAGCGCCCGGCGCCCACAAAUAAAGGGACCAAUAGAUCCCUGCAGAGGAUACCGUCUUCAGAGAAAAGCUCGGCAAUCACCUACAACGAAUUACGAAAUCUUAGUAAAAGUACUACGGGCAUGGUGGACGCGCUUGAAAUAGGAGAAGCUGCCGAGCAAUAUCUCGCUGAAGGCAGUUACGCUCAGGCCCUAGAAAAAUUUCAGUCCUGCCUAAGUGUACUUGUGCCUCUGCUGGGUAAGGAACCGAUAGGCCGAAGAAGAGAUUUGCUGCACAAGCAGGUACAGAUCUGGAUGAAGGAAGCGGAAUGUACAAAGGGACUCUUAGCUACCAAAAAUAUGGAUUCCCUGCAACGAACAUCCGACGAGCAAUGCGUAUUACAAUAACUGGGGGUACAUAUAAUUGGCGUAGAAUAAUUAUUUUGGCCGCCGAGCAGCACUUUUUCCACACACAUGUACAAACUUUACCAUUUGCCACUUUGUAUCGUGCAUCAUUGAAUUAAUCGACCAAUAAAUAAUUUUAUAUUUGUUGUAAAA